AUGUGGACAGUGCAUGUGUCUUCCACAAUGCAUCAACAAGAUUCGCUGAUGGAUACAGAUUUGGUCUCGGUGCGUCAUCCUAUCAUCAUUUCCACGAGAGCUGAGGUGGGUAUCAGUACAGGAAGAAUCCAUGCACGUGGGCCAGUUGGUGUGGAAGGCUUACUGACAACAAAAUGGAUACUUGAUGGUAAUGGGCAUGCAGUGUCGCAGUUUAGGCAGGAUGGACAAUAUCAAUAUGUACAUGAGGCGCUUCCAAUUUCUGACGAAGCCUUUUUCUCGUGA